AUGGCAGAAGAAGGGGAGAGUAACACAUCCACUCCACGGUCCUUCGCCGGCCAGACCGUCUCCGCGGAGGAGAUGCUCAAAGAGCAAACCGUCGGUCUGGUUCAUCUCUCCGACUUUCGCAAGCGGCGCGCGGAUGUUUUAGAGGCAAAAGAGCGCGAGGCGCAUGACAAGUCUCUGGGUCUACUGGCAUCUGGUAAUUCAAGAAGCGCAACUCCCUCUGCAGGCGAUGUGACUGACGGGUCAACGCCUCCCCGGAGUGACGGUCCCCCGAAAAAGAAGAAAAAGAAGGCCUUUGCGAAAAGCAAGCUGUCAUUCGGCGACGACCAGGACGAGGGGGAGGAAUCCGCAGCAACUCCACGCGACUCAAGUGUAUCACGGUCAGGUUCGAAAACACCCGCCGAGGAUAGUGCUACACGACGCAUGAAAGCGAACCCGAACGCACCCCCUCCACCCAAAGCUUUGACAAAGGCAUCCUUGGAAGCUGAAGCGCUGGCUCGCGACACUCUCCGCAAGGAGUUCUUGAUCAUGCAGGAGGCUGUGAAGAAUACCGAUAUUCUCAUUCCAUUCGUCUUCUAUGAUGGAACAAGUAUACCAGCUGGAGCUGUCAAAGUCAAGAAGGGCGACCAUGUUUGGUUGUUCUUGGAUCGGUGCCGGAAGGUUGGUGCUGAGAUGGGCGUACGUGGUGCCAGCGGUGCAUCCAAGGCGAAGAAAGAUAAUCGCCGAGAGUGGGCACGAGUCAGUGUCGACGACUUGAUGCUUGUCAAGGGCGAUAUUAUUGUUCCGCAUCAUUACGAGUUUUACUACUUCAUCGCCAAUCGAGUGCCCAGUCUCUCUCGAGCUGGCGGUUUGCUGUUUGAUUAUUCCAACAAACCCCCCGUUGCCGAUUCCACCAAUUCCACCAAUUCCACCGAUGAUCCGCUGUCCCAACCUAGUGACGAUCAACUAGAGGGCGCAGACAAAGAUUUCUCAGAAACCAAGGUCGUAGAUCGACGGUGGCUAACUCGUGACCUUCACUUCUUGCCCUCUCCGCAUCCCAUCGCCAGCGACACCAUGGACUUUUCGCUAAGAUGCAAUUCCCUCAAAUGUCGGGCAGAAUUGAAAGAGAAAGCAGUGGUGACAACCUGUUCGCACAUCUUCUGUCAUGGAUGCGCAGAGAGCCUCCGGCUCUCUCGUCCAACCACCAGCAAUCGGCUCUGUCCUGCGUGUCAGACGGUACUUCUCAAUCCAGAUGACGCUGUUUCGACAAUCUUGAAUCCGACGGAGGACUACAAAACAAGCGUGUUGAGUGGGUUAGAUCCAAACACAAUCAUGGAAUGUGCUGGUCGCGCACUUGCGUUUUGGGCAUAUCAAAGCACACAGGAGAUAUUCUACCAGGAAUACCGAGCGAAGACGCUUACGGACAAGUAUGCCAACGUGAGCACGCAGAUGGACAAGGUCAUCCACAAUGCCAACACAGAGAUCCUGUCAUUGCAGAACAAGCUGUCCGACAUGCAAUCAUCUCAAGAAGACCUCCAAAAGAAAAAUCAAGAACUGAAUGAUAUGUACCGUGACAAGAACAACAAACUCGCUCAAAUGACCAAUCUCUACAACCUCCUCAAAGCUCGUGCCAUGCGGUCCAGAAUGCAGACCGCAGCCUCGGACACAGUCUCCCAAGCUCUCUCAUCGCUCAAUGCCCCUGCUCCUACCUCCAUUACUCGGUCUGAUGUCCCAGCGCUGCCUUCUGCCCCACUUACACGAAAUCCGAAGACUCCCACGUUUCCCGUCAACCCAGAUGGAGUUGAACAGCUGCAUCGGUACCAACGAAGCGGCACUGGUAGUUCCAAAAGGGCAAGGACGAAGAUACCUCGCGAAGCCCCAAUGCCGCCCCCUGCUCGGCCAAAUUGGGAUGGGCAAAAUAGCAAAGGUCCAGAUCCCGCUCCCCAGCAUCGUACUCGACUUCCACGCAUUUCUCGGACUCCGACUGUCUCAUCUGAGUUUCCUCCUGGUGAUGCUAUUACGCAGCGGUUUGGGCGUUGA